CUGUGAGGUUCGCUGAGCCCGAGGAUCCGUUCGUUUGAGAAUCCGCCUGAUGGGGGCGGCAGGAGCCGCUCUUCUCCUCCACUUGCUGCUGCUCCAGAAAGACCAGCUCCAGGCACUCUCCUUCAACACCAUCACAAUGACUGCCAUCAGAGGUGAAGCACUGACAUUCCCCGGAGGCCCGAAAAGCAGCCCUGACUCCAUCGAGUGGACCUUCAAGAGGGCAGCAGGAGGUGACAGCACCAACAUCUGUAACUGGUACCGCAACAACGCUGUGGACUGCACUGCAGCCUAUGCACGGCGUGUCCAACUGCACCUCAAUGGAUCACUAACCAUUUGGGAUCUCCGCAUAGCUGAUUCUGGCUGGUAUCACGUCAUUGUCAUUUAUGGACGGUAUGAUUACUAUCAGAAGAACAUCAUACUUUUGGUUUACAACUCAGCAUCCCGGACAGAUCAGAUCCAACAUUUUCUCAUUCCUGGACUGUUCCUUUUCAAGUAUAUUUUGUGGUAACUGUACGAUGAGGAAGGAUGAUGCCACUCCAACCUCGAAUCCAACCAAGGUCAAAGUUCGUCCGCCAACCAAUGGAGGAAAGAGGGGGCCGCCAUUGUCACCCUGUGGACCAUGUAUCCCCUUUUCAGUUUAAAAACUUGACAAAUCUGGGCUGGUGAGGCAACCAGUCUGAUGGGGCCAUCAGUGAGGUUCACCAGAUGGUACAGUACCCAACCCUCACCACCCCACCUCCCUGUCCCCACCCCAGCUCACAUUGACACCUUACAAUGCACCACGUGCCUACUUCAAAUGGAUGUGGUGAAGUUCUCAGUGUGCUGAAACCUGAUUUAUACUACCUCAAAGACAGAGUUGGCCAGGUUCUGCUUGUCUAUUUCUGUUCCCUGUUUUUUCAAUCCUGUGGCCUGUACUGAGUUACUGCAGUGUGGUGGCUGGACGCACAGCAAGAUUCCAGACGUCCCCCAGAUGCUUUGGAAUUCACCAAGGGUGCUAAUGUUUCUGUGCCCAGGCAUUGGCCCUGCCUUGACGUUAUUACAAACAGGGCUGCCAAGUUAGUCUGCAGUGGCCUCUCUGCUCCACUUCAUUUCGUAUCUUCGCACAUGAGGGCAGUGGCAGUCACACCGGUGAUUGGCCCAUUGCCACCUCUUUGCUCUGGCUGGAGGACUGCAGGAUGGAGAUUAGGUGUUUCCCAACUCCAGUCAGAGUCUCCUCUCAUCCUCCAGCCUGCCCACAUGACGCCAGUCUCAAGGAGGUUAAGGUGAGGGGAGGGUAGGGUGAGAGGUGGGUAUGGGGAGCAGGCAAGGGUCUAUGCUGUAACGCUCAGAGCUCAGCACCGGUGUAAAGUUAUCCGAGACCUUUUGAAUAAAAUACAG